AUGGGCAAGAUUGUUGCAGCAGUGGGCCUUUCCCACGCUCCGGGCGCCAUUGGCUUCCCCGAGACGGCCAAGCCGGAUGCACGCAAGCGCACAGAAGAGGCGACGCUGGCACUGGGCCGCACGUUGACAGCAGCCAAGCCGGACGUCAUCUUCGCCUUCCUGGACGACCACUUUGAGAACUUUUACCGCAACCACAUGCCGACGAUUGCGAUCGCGGUGGCAGACUACAACGAGGGCCCGGCCGACCAGUGGAUGGAGCCGCUGCACAUCAACAAGAAGACGCAGUUCCCGGGUAAUCCGGCCGUGGCCGAGCACCUCAUCCACUCGCUCGUGGGCCAAGGUUUUGACGUGUCGCGUACCGGGCCAGUCGAGUACGGAAACAACCUGCUGAUGCCGUGGGUGCUGAUGGAGUGCGACCUGCCGAACGUGGCGGUGGUGCCAAUCUUCAUCAAUGUGUUCACACCGCCGCUGAUGCGGUACAGCCGGGCAUACGCGCUGGGAGAGGCCUGUCGGGUGGCGGCUGAGAGCCUGCCGGGUGACACGCGGGUGGCCUUUAUGUGCACCGGCGGCCUGAGCCACUGGCCACCGUACUGGAGCCCGUACCAGGCCGGCGACCCACCCAAGGACGACUUUCUCAAGCUGAUGAAGGAGUACCAGACCGUGGGCAAGGAGGUGCUGAAGCGCGUGCCCGACCUGUUUGUGCAGUUUGAUGACUACGAGAUCGAGAUGGCAGCCAAGAACGAAUAUCCGCUCAACAGCAAGCACCCGCUCGUCAACGCCGAGUGGGACCGCAAGUUCAUCAACAAGAUCGCCGACGGCGACGCGGCCUGGCUCAAGGCCCUGACGUACGAGGAGGUCGAGGAGGAGGCUGGCCAUGGAGGCCACGAGGUGCUGAACUGGGUGGCUAUGAGCGGUGCCAUGGGCGGCGGCAAGGCGAAUCUGCUGCUGUACGAGCCCGUCAUCGAGUGGAUCUGCGGCAUGACCUACGUGGACUACGAGGUCAAGGAGCCGGCCGCAUAG